AUGGAUGAGACGUACGAUGUCAUCGUUAUGGGCACUGGGCUCAAGGAAUGCAUCCUCAGUGGGAUGCUGUCUGUGACUGGGAAGAAGGUUCUCCAUGUGGACAGAAAUACUUACUAUGGAGGGGAAAGUGCUUCACUUACUCCUUUAGAUCAGGUUUUCCAGCACUUUGGCAGACCACCUGUUGGUGACAAGUAUGGCAGAGGUCGAGACUGGAAUGUUGAUCUCAUCCCAAAGUUCCUGAUGGCUAAUGGCCAACUGGUGAAGUUGCUCAUUCAUACUGGGGUCACCCGUUACCUGGAGUUCAAAUCUGUGGAUGGCAGUUAUGUGUACAAGGGAGGCAAAAUCUACAAGGUGCCUGCUGAUGAGAAGGAGGCUCUGCAGUCAUCUUUAAUGGGCAUCUUUGAGAAGCGGCGCUUCAAGAACUUCCUUCAGUUUGUGCAGGACUAUGAAGUGGAUGAUCCCAAAACCUGGAAAGGAGUUGACCCCACAAUGAUCUCAAAACAGCUGUAUGAGAAGUUUGGGCUUGACGCCAACACUCAAGACUUCACAGGACAUGCCCUUGCGCUGUUCAGAAAUGACAAGUACAUGUUGGAGCCCUGUGUUGAGCUAAUCAAGAGGUGCCGACUGUACAGUGAAUCGUUAGCUAGAUAUGGCAAAUCUCCGUAUCUGUACCCCCUGUAUGGUCUCGGGGAACUACCCCAGGGCUUUGCCAGAUUGAGUGCCAUCUAUGGUGGAACCUACAUGUUGGACAAACCAGUGGAUAAGAUUGUGAUGCAGGAUGGCCAUGUGGUGGGUGUGUCUGAUGGCAAGGACACAGCCAAGUGUAGCAUUGUGGUCUGUGAUCCUUCCUAUGCUCCUGAUCGGCGCAAGAAAGUUGGACAGGUUGUUCGUGCUAUCUGCAUCUUGAAUCAUCCGAUUGAUAACAUAAGGGGUGCACAGUCGGUUCAGAUCAUCAUUCCCCAGAACCAGGUUAACAGAAAUGACGAUAUAUACGUGUGCAUGGUUUCUUCCACUCACAAUGUCUGCCCACAAAAUUACUAUCUGGCAAUUGUAGCCACAACUGUAGAGACAAACAACCCGGAAGCAGAACUGCAGCCUGGCCUAGAGUUGCUGGGAACUAUUGAAGAAAAGUUUGUUAGUGUGGUAGACCUCUUUGAGCCAGAGGAUGAUGGGAAAGACAGCAAGAUUUUCAUAACCAAGUCUUACGAUGCCACCUCUCAUUUUGAAACCACUUGUGACGAUGUGUUGAAAACCUACGAGCGCAUCACCGGAGCCCCCUUUGACUUCAGCAAGGUGAAGCACACAGAAGUGGACUCGGUUGGAGAGUAA